GGAGAGCUGCAGCUGCUGAGCACAGUGCUGCUGAAUAUGAGCAGACGGGAUGGAACACACUCAAAUUAUUAAUGUAGCUGUAGAAUAACAACGAACAGGAUUACUUUGGGCAUUAUAAAAGUAUAAGGACAUUUCCUGGACAGACUUUGGAGUUACAUUGGCACAUGGCAGUUAUUGAAAGCUGCUAUGAACACGACAGUCUUCAGUAAGUUUGAUCAGCUGAGCUUUGAGGAUAGCGGACAGAAUGUGGAGAGAACCAGCAGAAGCUAUUUAGAGGUGAUUGAAGGACAGCAUUCAGAUUUACUGACGAGCCAUAAAGUGAUGGGUGGCACCGAAGCUGUCAAACACAGGAGAAAUGGUGUAGGGAAGGUGCGGCACAAACGCCAGGCCCUGCAGGACAUGGCUCGACCGCUGAAGCAAUGGCUCUAUAAGCACAGAGACAACCCUUACCCCACCAAGACUGAGAAGAUACUGCUGGCCCUGGGCUCCCACAUGACCCUGGUUCAGGUCUCAAACUGGUUUGCGAAUGCGAGACGUAGGCUAAAGAACACAGUUCGUCAGCCUGACUUGAGCUGGGCCCUACGCAUAAAACUGUACAACAAAUAUGUACAAGGCAAUGCUGAGAGACUCAGCAUUAGCAGUGAUGACACAACAUCAGACGAUGGGGAGAAUCCUUUACAGAUUCAGGCCAGUGAAUCAGACUAUAACAGGCCCAUGCACAAGAGUGUUAUUCAGGACAGCAGAGGCAAAGGGUUGGGGCGAAGUACAGACCCCUCAGUUUGUGAUGAUUAUGUGUCUCCACCAAAAUACAAGAACAGCUUGCUAAACCGCUAUCUAAAUGAUUCCCUUCGGCAUGUAAUGGCCUCCGACAAUGUUAUGGACUCUCGGAAGAGGAACCACUCUGGAUCAUUUAGCUCCAAUGAGUAUGAGGAUGAUUUUCUCUCUCCAUCAUCAGAAGCUGAGGCAAACUUCACCUACCGUACUGUGACGUUGGACUGUGGCACAAACCAAAGAGAGAGCGGUGUUCGUAAAAUUGGCGGAGGAGGAAAUAACGAGACCUACUGGAAAGAGCUCCAUGCUGCCAUGGCCCUGACUAACCUGGCCCAAGGGAAGGAGAGCUCAACGCCAGGCACCACCAGCUGUAUCAUCCAGAAGUCUUCCCAUAUAGCAGAGAUUAAGACUGUCAAAGUGCCCAUAAAACCCCGACAUUAGUGGCUAAAAGACUGGAUGGCGGUCUGUACUAGGUCAUAAUUGCUAAAAGACUACCUGAACACUUAGUUUGUACUACAUGUAAUAAUUUUGUAGAAAAUGAUCCACAGCAGCUUUUUCUGGGAGGAAAAAUACAUGUUGAUUGACCAACGUGCCUAUUUG